CAGUGUGGGGUGAGCAGAGAGUCGCAGUGGGCAGCAUUCAUCGCUCUCUCUUCUUCCUUACAGCCUGUGAGGAAGAAAUGGGGUAUGCAUCAGCUGUGUUCGUGUUGGUGGUGACGGUGGCGGCGGUGCUGGUGGUGGGCAUGCCGGUGGACACAUUCCAGCCGGUGUCCUACUUAGGAUGGAAGGUGCUGGAGGUGCGUCUAGGGGAGGCGGCAGAGAAGGCACCACCAGGAACGCAAGCAGUGAAUCUGGAUGACUUCGAUGACUCUACAACGGUGAACAUCCUUAACCAGAACAGACGAACAGGUGUGGCCGAGGUUGCCGUGUCGCCCGAAGCCCUCAACGAUAUCACGACACACCUGACACAGAAUCAAGUUCCCUUCAGUACCAAGCUUGAAGAUCUCGGCAGAGAGAUAUUUGCCUCGAUCCCCGUCCUGCGCGUGGAGCCUGACCUGCGCGGGGCUGUUACCUUCAAUCGUUACAUGACUUACGAUGAGAUCGAAGCAUACGUAGCGCAAUUACCGCAGCAGCAUCCGACGAAGGUGAAGGUGGAGGUGGCAGGGAAGAGCGUGGAGGGGCGCACCAUUCACCUGAUCACAGUGACUGACAACGUGGCCAAGAAGGACACACUGAGGAAACCUUCUAUCUUUAUUGAUGGAGGAAUACACGCCAGGGAGUGGAUCAGUCCCUCCACAGCAGUUGGAAUAGUGGACAACCUUCUUAAGACCCCAGAGCUGACGAAUGGCAUAGAGUGGAGAGUCAUUCCUGUGGUCAACCCCGACGGCUAUGUGAUGUCCUGGGAGAAGGACCGCCUGUGGAGGAAGAACAAGGCAAAAGGAAGGUCCAAACGUUGUACAGGUGUUGACUUAAACAGGAACUUUGGAUACAAGUGGGGAGGCAGAGGUUCGAGUGACAAUCAGUGCUCCAACAUAUACCGAGGAAAAAAUGCCUUCAGUGAACCCGAGGCACAAGCUGUAAGGGACGCAGUGCUCCGGGAGGCAGACAGGACGAAGGCGUACAUCACCUUCCACUCCUACGGUCAGAUGAUCCUACACCCAUGGGGAUAUUCUUCUAGAGUAUCUCCCCCUAGUAACAAACUGGGGCAAGUUGGGGACGCCAUGGCGAAUGCAAUCAACACAGAAACAAGAAAGAAAUACGAAGUCGGUAGCGCUGCUGGAGUCCUGUACGCCGCCGCUGGAGGUUCAGAUGACUGGGCUUCGGGCGCCGCAAACAUCCCCCUUUCCUACACCAUUGAGCUGAGGGACACAGGCUCCGGGGGAUUCCUUUUGCCCACGUCUGAGAUCACGUCCACGGUAACGGACGCUUGGGUGGCAAUGAAGGUCUUAGCGGGGGAGGUGAUGAAGAGCGGGGUACUUAGAGGACAAAACCCGGAUUCCCUACAGCAGGAAGGCAUCGAGGACACCGAGGUCACGCAGGAGGGGGAUUUCCAGCCACCCUCAAGAGUAAACCAAGAACCUGAGGGUGAAAAUGUCGAGGUUCAGAGCGAAGGAGUCGUACCUGUGAAUGAGAACCAAGGAGGACAAGUAACAGUCAAUAGAAACCAAGAGACGGUGAACCAGAACCAGCAAAACCAGGGAGCAGCAAAUAAAAACCAGGAACCAGUGAAUGAGAACCAAGAAAGCCAAGCAGCAGUGAAUACAGACCAGGAGACAGUGAACCAGAACCAGGAAAACCAGGAACCAGUAAAUGAGAACCAAGGAACACAAGCAGCAGUCAAUAGAAACCAGGAGACAGUGAACCAGAACCAGGAAAACCAGGAACCAGUAAAUGAGAACCAAGGAACACAAGCAGCAGUGAAUAGCGACCAGGAGACGGUGAAUGAGAACCAGGAGAGCCAAGGACCAGUAAAUAGAAACCAGGAAACGGUAAAUAAGAACCAGGGAAAUCAAGUAACUAUUAUCGAAAACCAGGAACCAGUAAUUGAGAUCCAGGGAGGCCAGGUAGCAGUUCACAGAGACCAGGAACCAGGAACUGACCCCCAAGUAGUAAGAGGCACACAGCAGAUCUCAGCAGAAAGCAUUGAAAUGGAAACAGAGGGAAGUUCUUCGCUGGAAACUUUACGAACAGAACACCAACAUUCUCCACAAUUCUAUUCCCACAUAGGCUUCUCUCCGCAGUUUCGAGACGCUUUUGAACCCUUGAAUGAAGCACCACGAAGCCCCGAGACCCAAAGUACCUUCCGACUCACCCCAGGAGGAAGUGUUCACCUGAAAACUCUUCGUGAAGAUUUAUCAGCGAGCAGUGAGGAAGAUGACAGUGAUGAGUGACAGGGUGAAUAAAGAUGUAGGGAGAGAAGAUAGAGAUUAGAAAAUGGUUUAAAUAGUUUGCUUUAUUUAUAUAUUUAUUGAAUUUGCUUUGUUUCUUCUUUCUAUUCUUGUUCCUUCUUCUAAUCCUGUUGUUGUUGUUCCUCCUCCUCCUCCUCCUCUUUCUGUUAUCUUCUUAUCGUGUGCAUCUUUGUGAAGGACGAACGUAAUCUUAUCUUGCUAUCGUUAUUGUAAUGUCUUUAAUCUGUCAUGGUCUAAAAAUAAUGGAAGUUAGGCAAUACUGAUGAUGAUGAUGAUGAUAGUGAUGAUGAUGAUGGUGAUGAUGAUGAUGAUGAUGGUGAUGAUGAUGGAUAUAAUAGUGAUAUACUUUUUACUGUUCGUAUUGUGAUUGUUGCUUUGUUAAUGAUGCAAUUACUACUACUACUACUACUACUAUUGUGACUGUUGUGAUUGUUGCCACUCUUGUUAGUCUUUUCAUUGUUAUUUAUUUUGUUAUUGUUGUUAUUGUUAUCUGAAUCAAUAUCAAUCAGGAACUAAUGAAAA